AUGGCACGAUAUUUCCAAUCUGAAUCCUAUCAACCAUCACCUUCAACAUUAGAUGUGGCAGAAGACGACGAGAUGAGUGUGUUGGAUGACAAGAUUUUGGACCCAUCUUCCCACGACCUUUUCGACAGCCGCCGCUCAUCCUAUAACGCCCCAGCCUACUCACAUCGGGAUUCUGUCUGGUCCAACUACUCCAAUAACAGCUCCAAUAUGUCCCGUUCGAACUCGCAUAUCGGUCAUUCCAUACCGAUCUCGACCGGUGCACCGUUCAUGUCUGUUGACGGCCCUUCCUACCAACCUUGGAUGCCGAACCCCAACUCCGGGUCUUGUACCCCGACCGCGGGCUAUGAACAGUAUUCCGUUGAGACCGACCAGAGCACGACCGCACCUUUCUCCGGUGGUGCCGUGGGACCAGUCAGUGCGAUGCCCAUGAACCAUAUGUCCUACCGUGCUGGGAUGUUCGCGCCGCCGGGUAGUGCCGAAAUGACUCCGCAGUCAAGUCAGGGCUGGAUGCCCGCACCAAUGGAUCUAGCGGAUGCCCCAUCGCACUCUAAUAAGAGCCCUUCGUAUAGGAACGACUCACCGUUGUCGAUGCGGCGGGACGGUGUUCGAAAGAAGAACGCCCGCUUUGAGAUCCCCGCUGAGCGCACAUUGAGUAACAUCGAUCACUUGAUCAGCCAAUCUACCAAUGAGGAUGAGCUCAAAGAACUCAAGCAACAGAAGCGACUGUUGCGAAAUCGCCAAGCAGCCUUGGACUCUCGCCAACGCAAGAAGUUGCACACCGAAAAACUGGAAGAGGAGAAGAAGCACUUCACCUCGACAAUCAGUGACUUGGAAGAUGCACUGCAAAGCAUGAAAAUCCGAGAAGCAGAGCUGCUGCGCGAGAAGAGCGAGUGGAUCGCCACCCAUCAGCAGAUGAACAAUUACAUCGAAAGCAUGCACAUGGAGAAAGACGAGGUCAUCCGCGUACACACACUGGAAACAGCCGAGCUACGCAAGAAGAAUAACAUCCUAAUGGAGACCGUCGACAAACUGGAGCGAGGCAUCAAACCCAUCCAAGAAAACCCCACGGGCGACUUCAACGGCUUCGAUAACUUCGCCAUGGAAACCAACUCAUGGGAAGACUUCCCAAUGAACGGAAUGCCCAUGCAAGAACCCCACCAGCCAACCAGCCAGAUCAAACCCUCGGAAAAGUCCACAGAACUACCGAUCAGCUGGAACGCCUUCUACAUGUGUCUGCUCUUCGGCGCCUUCAUCGCUUCAAACAGCACAUCCAUCCCAGGCCACUCUCUCCCCCAAUUAUCAGAAGAGUACCGCGCCGAAUCAGCAAAUGUGCUCAAAGCCGUUCUCGCCUCAUCACCCAGUCAUGAUCUAACUCACGCCCUCGGCACCGGCACCAGCACCGGCCCAGCCCCCGCAACAAUCAGCGGCAUGGAAAUGGCGCAGAUGAGCGUUCCAUCCACGCUGGACCAGUUGCACAACACUCUCAUCAUGCCCACUCAAACUCAAGAGCGCGAACAGGUCUUCUCUCUCAACGCGAACCAGUACAAUUCCCUGACGACGUUCCAAGACGACGGCUUCAAGCCCCAGCAACCGUCCACCCUGCAGCAGGCUCUGGCUGCUAUGCAGAAUACGGCUGCUCGGCAGAGUCAGAUGGCGUCUUCGGAUGUGCAUUCGCGCUCGGUGAUGUGGGACCAGGUGCCUGAGAAGGUGAUUCGGGAUUUCCGGCGCAUGGUGCAAGAUUACGCUACCCCAGUUAAGGAGGAGGGUAUUUACCAUGCUUGA